UUGUUUUAAAAAAUAUUUGAGGGUGUUUUUUGCGUGGACGUCUGCUUAUACGUUUAAUUUGACAGUCUGUUUAUUUUUGAUAAGAGCCGUCCAUGAUGGAGGAUGAAAGCAGAUCCAUCCACGAGCAAAGGUUUGCCGCUGCGGUCAAAGUGAUCCAGAGUUUACCUUCAAACGGUUCCUUUCAGCCGUCCAACGAAAUGAUGCUGAAAUUCUACAGCUACUACAAGCAGGCGACUCAGGGGCCGUGCAACAUCCCCCGCCCGGGGUUCUGGGAUCCCGUCGGCAAAGUCAAAUGGGAUGCAUGGAACGCACUUGGAGAUAUGCCAAAGGAAGAGGCCAUGACGGCGUACGUGGAUGACCUCAAGCUGAUUCUUGAAAGCAUGCCCAUGACUGAGCAAGUGGAACAGCUGCUGCAGGUUCUCGGGCCGUUCUACGAGCUCGUAGACGAGAAGAGGAAGAUCAACCAUGUUUCAGACCUGACUGCAGGCCUCGGCAGCGUGAUGUCGGCGCCGUCGAGGAGCGUCACGAAAAGCAUCAUCAGAAGCAUGGAAAUGAACGGCACCUUGGACGGCCACGGUCCUAACAAAGCAGAAGCCCCGGAGAUCAACGCAAACGAGAUUAAGGAGCAGGAGGACGGAGGUGAGGAUGAUGAUGAUGAUGACGACGGCGACGAUGAUGAUGAUGACGACAGUGGAGAUGACGAGAAUGAAGAGGUAGAAGAGAGCGAGCAGCUGAAAACAGCCUCCGCCGUGAAGAAAAAGACCUCGGCUGGAAAAGGACUUCAGAAUGGCGGUAUAGGGCAUAACGUGUCUCCCGUGACCAACGGCACACACUGCUCCAAAUCCGCUCUGAAUGGACAAGACGCAGAGGAGAACGACGGACAGAUCCAACACGUUAAUGGCCACACUACAGAUGAUAACGAAGACGUGCGCGGCGCUCAUCACGUGGCCUCAGACUCGGACGGCGAGGUUUACUGCGACUCUGUGGACCAGUUUGGCAUGGAGGAGAUGUUGUUUAUGCGUGUGCAGCAGAGCGGUGAUUCUCACAUGAACCGCUCUCUGGAGGAAAGCUGCAGCACUCGGUGUUCUCAGGAGGAGCCGCAGUCGACCCACAGAGAGUCUGCGGUCCUGCUGAGAGGACCGGAUGGCGUUCAGCACGGAGGAGAAGACGGGAAGACGAGUGGAGGAGGAGGAGUGCAGAGAAACAGUCUGAGCAUGGGCAGACCCGGGAGCUCUCUGACCAGGAGAGGACGAGGGUCCAGGUCUUCAGCCUCGGGGUCAGGGGUCACAGGGUCGUUACAGGGUACAGGAGGUGACGGGGAGCGCUGGGGGUCCGACGGAGCCGGAGGCAGCGAUCUGAACGAGCAGAUCGUCACGGCUUUAACGCGGCUUCAAGAGGACAUGCAGAGCGUCCUCGAGAGACUGCACACGCUCGAGGCUCUUACUGCCUCACAGGCGAGAUCAGCGGCCUUGCCCUCAGAAUAUCUGCUGCCGCCAGCCAGCAGGACUCACAGGAAGUCGUCCUGGUGGCCGUUUUCCGUUUCCCCAGGCACUGUGGCCUUCGCUCUCGCCUGGCCUUUCAUCGCACAGUGGAUCAUCCGUCUGUAUUUCCAGAGACGGAGAAGAAAACCCCGCUGAGACGCCGUGGCAUAGAGGUGCGUGCGGUACAGAGGCCGGCGUCCUCCGGCGCAUCUCGUCUCUCUAACUCUGGCUUUUGCACUACGAUACGAUGAAGACGCUGAGAUUCGUGAGCAUCGAAAACAAACCGAUAGAUGAACGUGUGCCGCUUCUUAACGCUUUUUUUGUACCGUUUUUUUUUUUUUUUUUUUUGGUCUGAUAUUAAGUGCUAAGAUCUACAUAACCUGCUUGGUUUUAGAAAUGAGAAAUGUAAUGAUGUAGUAAAGAGAAAUUCUACACUGUAUUAUUAUUAUAGAUUUUUUUUUUUUUUCAUAUUGAAAUCUAACAGGGCAUUAUGAUAACACGUUCAUACGGCGCCUGACGUUGUAGAAAUAGACGUGUGGGUCGUUCUGCUUCACCAUAAAGCUGCUAAUAGGCGUCAGCUCUGUAGGAACAUGUAGAAAUGAUACUGUAUAAUCGAUCUACUGUUUGUUUUGUAAUGAUCCGUGUGGCCAUUCCGGUUUGGCUUUGAUCCCCUUUGCGUAAAUCGGGACGAGUUUGAGGCAAAGCCGUAGUGAAUUAACGUUAGUUGCCGGACGACGAGUCCUCAGGUUUGAACGUGCGAGUUAGAUAAGUAGUCAAAGCCAUAAUCACAAACGGUGCAUAUCAGCACCGAUGUAGAGGAGGGACCGUGCAAAGGACGUUUUAAGGAGGAACACACCUUUUUCUUGUCACUGGGGUGGAGAGCACAAGGGGACCUUUAAUCAGUCUGUACAGGAUUUCAUGGAGUUUUUUUAUAUUGAUUGUUGUGGCGAAAAAUUCUUGAUUUUUUUUUUCCCCAAAAAAAUUUGCGAUGGAAUGUUUUGCGAAAUCGCAGUCUGUUUUGUGCGUGAUGUUUGUUGGUGAAUGAGACCUCUUAGACCUAUAGUGAAUCGACGAGGGCUUUUGCUGAACGCGCGUUGUGAUGAGGUCACGUGACUCGUCUUGGCACAAACCUGUUGUAAUGUUGAAAAAUUGCACGGCUCCUCCGAAUAUCGCGGAGUUUUGCUUGAUUUCGCGUUCAUUUCUGGAAGGACUGUCCCCCUCGGUUCGGUCGCCCGCCAAUUCCCACCCUCCGUUCGGAUCUCCGCUAUCAUACGACAGCUCACGUGCUUCCUCCGAGACGACCGCGAGCACACUCGGAGGAAAGCGCUAUCUGCCCUCUUCCGCAUAUGUGAGCUCACGGAUGCGCGUAAUUGGCUGCUGUCUCUGUGACUGACAGGGGAGACAGAGAGAGAGUAUGCCCCGCCCACCCGACGAGCACAGCAAAUUGUACUCCCGGCCACGGCAUCAUCAGGAGAUCGCAACUUUAUAGGGAUACUCAGGAACCAGAAAGGAAGUUUUAACAGAAACAAAACGCCUAAAGAUGAACGGACAGAGACGUCCGCGUUUAUUCUCUGCUCCAAGAUCAAAACAGUAGGUGUGUAUCGGCUCAAAGGCGCUGAAGGAGCAGGAGGUCGUUACUUUGAUACAGGCGGUCGGACACGAAGCUUGCGCGAACAAAGAAAGCGCGUGUUCGUUAACGCGUUCCGGCGUUUUAACUUCACUCGGCACCAUUCUGUGAAUCCCUCCAGGAUUUCACGAUCGCAGAGAUCUAGAAAAUCACCGCAGAUUUGGGCCGAGACGGGUCACGCGACGCCAUCACGACGUGCGUUCAGCCCAAACCCUCUUCGAUUCACGUGCGGCGGACACGAGUACAGCCGAAACUCUCGUUUACCGACAGACCUCGCCGUGAAAGAGCGCGCAGAACAAUAAGUGCAAAUGCAGUUUCGCCAAUUCGAGUAGUUUCCCGCAAAAAGAAGCGCGGAAACCUGAACGAGUGUGCAGAGACGCAGCAAGAUCGAGUCUUUUUGACUGCAACGAUCACACACACACACAAAAAAAAAAAAAAAAACGUGGGAAAUUCUGUAUGGACUGAUUCUGCCAUGUUAGUCGCUUAUCCAGACCUUCGUAAGCAACGUUACGCAACUCGACUUUUACAAAUUUUAGUUUUACUAAAAUUACUGUUUUUUUUUAUUACUGUAGUGUCUUUCAUCCGGAAACAUGAACAUAGUGUACCUUUUAAAAAUCACUUAAGAGGUAUAAAUGGACCUUAAGGAUCACGCUAAAAACAGAGUUGUUGUUUUUUUUUUUUUUUAAUACCUCUGGACCAAUCAGGGUGCGUUUCACUCGCAAAUCACGUGAUUUUCCGCCUCCAAAACUACGCCUUCAUCACAGCUCACAUCAAACAUUUCAGCUAGGCUAGUCUGGUUACUUAGCCAAGACUAGCUAGGAUUCCUAAGAACGUUGUCAUGGUUACAGCGUACACGUCGUACAAGUCAAGCCGACCAUUUAUUUAUUUAUUUUCCUCUUCAUCCUGCCAAGUCUCGCGUCAAACCGGCCAGACGCGUUUCUCCUGACUGCUGCGUCGCGGGGGAGCGGAACACACUCGGAGGAAAGCGCCGUCCAUCCACUUCCGCGUACGCGAGCUCACAGACGCACACGAUUGGCUAGUGUUUCCGUGAUUGACGGGAGACGCAGAGUAGGCCGGAACAGGAGCGUGAGAUUCCUGCACAUCGUAAUUACUCUCUGUUGUCUGCAGACGUAUACAGAAACCCCCAUAAACACGUGUAUUAGGGCUUAGCGCUGUACGUUUUGCUUCGACACCCCUGUGAAUGUUCGUAUUUGCCAGAGACGAUGUCUGGAAAAAGCGGUGUUUAAUAUAUCCGCACACGAUUAGCGACAUCCUAAUCAAUCACACUUUGAUUCUAAGAAAAGUCACGCAAUAAUCUGUUCUGACUAGAAACACUUUCAAAUAUUUCACCUUUUUUUUUCGUGUGUGUUUUUUUAAAUCUGUUAUUGUAAUUUUUGUUGUUCUUUUCGAUGCGUUGUACGUACGCACUACCGGACAAGGUUUCAGACGGUCGUUCUGUUCAUUAACACGUUUGCGUUAGAUUGCAUAUAAUUGAUGCAUUUCUGUUCACGUUUCUCCUUCAAACCCUGUGUUUUGUUUCCUCUUUAGUGUAAAAUUGUUCGAUAAUGUUAAUAGUUAUUAUAUGUGUAUAUUAGAAAUAGACUUAUAAAUAAACUGAAGUGAUAUUUUCAUUGUAUCAUACUGUAAUGUAGCAUCGGCUUCUUUGGAACAGUAAUCAGAAGACGUAAGUAAAAGCUGCGUUUUAUUAGAAACACUACCUUCCCACCGCUGACCAGUGCACGUCCUUACCCUUAACCCGAAGCACCAAUAAAAUUCUCGAGAGCUUUUGGA